AUGGCGAUUGCCGUCUACAACAUCUCUGCGACCUCCGCCAGGGUGACUUGGCCACCUUCACCUGGAUGCCUGGACACUUUUUACAGCGUCAUGUACAGUCCCAAUUGGAACAGCUUGCUAAUGGCUUUCAAGCGCAAGAGCUUCAUGCACGAAGAACGCAUUCCCGUCAGCCAGACCGCCACCCACUUGGCAAACCUGUUUCCGCAGACCACCUACUUGCUGUGCGUCUCGUGCCAAGCGGCCAACCCGACGCGGGACCAGUGUCAAGUAUUUACCACCCUGAUUGAUAACGGCGAAGGGCAGGAUCGGGCCGGCUGGGAGCUAGCGGCGGGCGCCUGGCUAACAUGCUGCGUCCUGCUGCUAGUUAUCGCCGCCGUCCUCUUAUGGGGAUGCCGGCGCAGCGUUCGCGCGGGUCAGGGCGGCCGCUCGGUGGUGACCGACGCGGUCCCGUCUGGGAGGCUCUACUCGCCCAGGGGCAGCUGCGAUAACGGCGGCCGACGCGAGCUCAGGACGUUGGCUCGCAUGUCGGGGAGCGAGCCAGCUUGA